AUGGAGGCGAUCGCCAGUCAGAUGGGAAAUGGGAGAGAUGCAAGCUCCUCCCCGAAUUCAAAGCAAGAGCUGCAGCCGUACCAGGGCUCCAAUACCCUCAAGCCCAACCAAGUGGGUGAGACCUCCCUGUACGGAGUGCCCAUCGUGUCCCUAGUCAUCGACGGGCAGGAGCGGCUGUGCCUGGCGCAGAUCUCCAACACGCUGCUCAAGAACUACAGCUACAAUGAGAUCCACAACCGGCGCGUGGCCCUGGGCAUCACCUGCGUGCAGUGCACGCCGGUGCAGCUGGAGAUCCUGCGGCGCGCCGGGGCCAUGCCCAUCUCCUCCCGCCGCUGCGGCAUGAUCACCAAGCGGGAGGCGGAGCGGCUCUGCAAGUCCUUCCUGGGCGAGCACAAGCCGCCCAAGCUGCCCGAGAACUUCGCCUUCGACGUGGUGCACGAGUGCGCCUGGGGCUCGCGGGGCAGCUUCAUCCCGGCGCGCUACAACAGCUCCCGCGCCAAGUGCAUCAAGUGCAGCUACUGCAGCAUGUACUUCUCGCCCAACAAGUUCAUCUUCCACUCGCACCGCACGCCGGACUCCAAGUACACGCAGCCCGACGCCGCCAACUUCAACUCGUGGCGCCGCCACCUCAAGCUCAGCGACAAGACGGCCACGGAGGAGCUCUCGCACGCCUGGGAGGAUGUCAAGGCCAUGUUCAACGGCGGCACCCGCAAGCGGACCUUCUCGCUGCAAGGCGCCGCCGCCGGCGGCAGCUCGCCCGCCGCCAAGGCCGCGCUGCACCCGCCGCCGCCCGCCGCCGCCGAGCUGGCCCCGGCGCACAAGAGCCUGCGCUGCAGCGCGCAGGAGCCCGCGGGCGAGCGCGGCGGGCUGGGCCUGCCCGCGGCGCACGGCGGGGCGGCGGCGGCGGCGCACGGCGGGGCGGGCGCGGUGCGCAGCUACCCGGUGAUCCCGGUGCCCAGCAAGGGCUUCGGCGUGCUGCAGAAGCUGCCGCCGCCGCUCUUCCCGCACCCCUACGGCUUCCCGGCCGCCGCCUUCGGACUGUGCCCCAAGAAGCAGGAGGAGGCGCUGGGCGGCGCGGGCGGCGGCGAGCCCGGCAAGGGCGGCGCGCUGCCGUCGGGCAUGUUCUGGGGGCCGCCGCCGCCGCACCCGCACCAGCCGGCGCAGCCGCCGCCGCAGCCCGGCGCCGCCAAGGACGGCGGCGUCUACCCGCCCUUCCCCAUGUUCUGGCCGGCCGCCGGCAGCCUGCCCGUGCCGCCCUACCCGGCGCAGAGCCAGGCCAAGGCGGCCGCCACGGCCGUGGUGGUGGCGGCGGCGGCGGCGGCGGCGGCGGCGGCGGCCGAGCCGCCGGGGCUGGCGGGGCGCCACGGCGAGCUGGAGGGCUCGGAGCCGUCGGGCAGCGGGCGGAGCAGCGCGACGCCGCAGGAGGGCUCGGGCGCCGACGGCGAGCGCUGCCCCAGCGCGCUGUCGCGGGCGGCCGCCGAGGAGGAGCGCUCGGGCGACGAGGCGCUGCUGGGGCCGCUGCCGCUGCCCAGGAAGGGCAGCUACCUCUCGGCCUUCCGGCCCGUGGUGAAGGACGCGGAGAGCAUCGCCAAGCUGUACGGCACCCGCGAGGCCUACGGCGGCGGCGGCGGCGCCCGCGGGCCCGGCUACCUCUCCCCGGACUUCCUCAGCGAGGGCAGCUCCAGCUACCGCUCGCUCUCCCCCGGCGGCGACACGGCCGAGGAGCCCGAGGUGGACGUCGAGUCCAACCGCUUCCCCGAGGACGACGACGAGGACGCCGCCGCCGCCGCCGCCCCCUCGGAGGAGCCGGAGCCGCCGCCGCCGCCCCAGCUGCUGCCCGCGGCCGACGAGCCGCCGCCGCUGCCCGCCGCCGCCGAAGGGCCCGAGGAGGCGGCGGGGGAGGCGGCGGGCGAGGAGGGCGGCCAGCCCCCCGACGGCAGCCCCGAGCGGAGCGGCAGCCGCGGCGCCUACGAGGUGUUCGCGCAGGACAGGGCCGAGCACCCGCCGCCGCUGAAGACCGCCGCCUCCCUCGGAGCCUCGGCCGCCUUCCUCUGCCACCCCGACGCCAAGGAGCAAGAUAAAGAAGACAAUCACUCGACAGCAGAGGAUUUAGAGACCAGAAAAUCCUAUCAGGACCAAAGGAAUGUCUCGCAUCCGAGCCCUGUAAAUACGGACAGAGGAGAGGACGGCCUCGGCCUCGGCCUCGGCCUCGACGGCGCGGGCACGCAGCUGGUGGAGAAGGACAUCGAAAACCUCGCCCGAGACGAGUUGCAAAAACUGGUCCUGGAGCAAAUGGAGCUGCGGAAGAAGCUGGAGCGGGACUUCCAGAGCCUGAAAGAUAACUUCCAGGACCAGAUGAAGCGGGAGCUGGCGUACCGCGAGGAGAUGGUGCAGCAGCUGCAGAUCGUCCGAGAUACGCUGUGCAACGAGCUGGACCAGGAGAGGAAGGCGCGCUACGCCAUCCAGCAGAAGUUGAAAGAGGCCCACGACGCGCUGCACCACUUCUCCUGCAAAAUGCUGACCCCGCGGCACUGCACGGGGAACUGCUCCUUCAAGCCGCCGCUGCUGCCCCAGUGACCCCCCCGGCCCCCAAGCCAGGCGCCCCGCGGCCGCGGGCGGAGCCCACACAAGCCAUUUCCACGAGGAGACGUUGUACAUAGAGGACUCGGAGCUCGGCCUUCCUCGGACUGGCAAUACGGCGGGGAGCGGCCCCGGG